GGCAGAUGGUGGCCGCCAGCCCCGGGGAGCGCCUGCCGGCUGACCCCUGCGUACGUCCGGGAUGGCAGCAAGGUGACCUGUGCUGAGGAUGACCCUGACUGACAGGCUGCGUGAGAAGAUAUCGCGGGCCUUCUACAACCAUGGGCUGCUCUGCGCCUCCUACCCCAUCCCCAUCACCCUCUUCACGGGGCUCUGCAUCCUCGCCUGCUGCUACCCGCUGCUGAAGCUCCCCCUGCCGGGGACGGGCCCCGUGGAGUUCACCACCCCCGUGAAGGACUACUCGCCCCCGCCCGUGGCCCCGGACCCCCCUCUGGCGCCCGUCUCUCCGCAGUACGUGGGCGCCCCGGUGGCGUACGUCCAGCAGAUCUUGGUCAAGUCCUCGGUGUCGCCCUGGCACAAGGACCUCCUGGCCGUGGACGUGUUCCGCUCCCCUCUGUCCCGGGCCUUCCAGCUGGUGGAGGAGAUCCGGAACCACGUGCUGAGAGACAGCUCUGGGGCCAGGAGCCUGGAGGAGGUGUGCCUGCAGGUGACCGACCUGCUGCCAGGCCUCAGGAAGCUCCGGAACCUGCUCCCCGAGCACGGCUGCCUGCUGCUGUCCCCGGCCAACUUCUGGCAGAAUGACCGCGAGCACUUCCACGCCGACCCCGACAUCAUCGCGACCAUCCACCAGCACGAGCCCAAGACCCUGCAGACCUCAGCCACGCUCAAAGAUCUGCUGUUUGGGGUCCCCGGGAAGUACAGCGGGGUGAGCCUGUUCGCGAGGAAGAGGAUGGCCGCCUACACCAUCACCCUGGUCUUCCGGCGCUACCACGCCAAGUUCCUGAGCAGCCUGCGGGCCCGCCUGAUGCUCCUGCACCCCAGCCCCAACUGCAGCCUGCGGGCCGAGAGCCUGGUGCACGUGCACUUCAAGGAGGAGAUCGGCGUCGCCGAGCUCAUCCCGCUCGUGACCACCUACAUCAUCCUGUUCGCCUACAUCUACUUCUCCACGCGCAAGAUCGACAUGGUCAAGUCCAAGUGGGGGCUGGCUCUGGCCGCUGUGGUCACGGUGCUCAGCUCGCUGCUCAUGUCUGUGGGGCUCUGCACACUCUUCGGCCUGACGCCCACCCUCAACGGCGGGCGGACGGGCCGAGCGCCGGCCCACGGCCCUGCUGUCCCCACAGGCCUGAGCUGUGAGGGCUGGUCCAUCAUGAAGAACAUGGCCACGGAGCUGGGCAUCAUCCUCAUCGGCUACUUCACCCUCGUGCCCGCCAUCCAGGAGUUCUGUCUCUUUGCCGUCGUGGGCCUGGUGUCCGACUUCUUCCUUCAGAUGCUGUUUUUCACCACCGUCCUGUCCAUCGACAUUCGCAGGAUGGAGCUGGCGGACCUGAACAAGCGGCUGCCCCCUGAGGCUUGCCUGCCUCCUGCUAAGCCAGGGGGGCGCCCCGCGCGCUUUGAACGGCAGCUGGCUGUGCGGCCGGCCACCCCCCACACCGUCACGCUGCAGCCGUCCUCCUUCCGGAACCUGCGGCUCCCCAAGAGGCUGCGCGUCGUCUACUUCCUGGCUCGCACCCGCCUGGCACAGCGGCUCAUCAUGGCAGGCACCGUGGUCUGGAUCGGCAUCCUGGUGUACACAGACCCUGCUGGACUGCGCAUCUACCUCGCGGCCCAGGUGACGGAGCAGAGCCCGCUGGGCGAGGGCGCCCUCACUCCCGUGCCUGUGCCUGGAGGCAUGCUGCCCGCCAGCCACCCGGACCCCGCCUUCUCCAUCUUCCCACCGGAUGCCCCCAAGUUCCCUGAGAACCACACGUUGCCAGGGGAGAUGCCCGAGUCCGGGGGUCUGGCCGAGGGCGUCCCUGACAGCCCCGCCCCCGAGGUCACCUGGGGGCCCGAGGACGAGGAGCUGUGGAGGAAGCUGUCCUUCCGUCACUGGCCAACGCUCUUCGGCUACUACAACAUCACGCUGGCCAAGAGGUACAUCAGCCUGCUGCCCAUCAUCCCCGUCACGCUCCGCCUGAACCCCAAGGAGGCCCUGGAGGGGCUGCAGCCUCACUGGGAGCGGCUGUCGGACGGCGGUAAGAGCAGCACAGAGGAGCCUGGGGACAGCCCUCCGCUGCGGCACUGUCCCCGGGGCCUCGCGCCACCUUCCGUCUUCGGGGACCAGCCCGACCUCACCUGCUUGAUCGACACCAACUUCUCUGUGCGGCCGUGGCUUUCAGAGCCCACUCAGCCUGAGCCCCGGCACCGGGCAGGCUGUGGCCGCGCUCGGGACAACCCGGGCUACGAUUUCAGCCGCCUGGUGCAGCGAGCGUACCAGCAGGAGGGGCGGGCUGGGCUGUGGGCCUCUCCAGCCGCAGCUGCUCAUGCCCUGGGCCUGCAGGUGUGGGACGCCGUCGAGGGCUCCCUGCGCUGCAGCUGUGAGCAGGUCUCCUCGGGAAUCACCGCCCUCGUCUUCCUGGACAGAAGGAUUGUGGCUGCCCGGCUCAACGGUUCCCUCGACUUCUUCUCCUUGGAGACCCAUGCUGCCUUCAGCCCCCUGCAGUUCCGAGGGCAGGGCAGCUCUCCCGUGGCCCCUGUGUACAGCAGCAGUGACAGGGUGGCCUGCCGCCUGACCCACACUGUGCCCUGUGCACACCAGAAACCCAUCACCGCUCUGAAGGCAGCUGCCGGGCGCCUCGUGACCGGGAGCCAAGACCACACUCUGAGGGUGUUCCGUCUGGAGGACUCGUGCUGCCUCUUCACACUGCAGGGCCACUCAGGGGCCAUCACAGCUGUGUACAUAGACCAGACCAUGGUGCUGGCCAGCGGAGGACAGGACGGGGCCAUCUGCCUGUGGGACGUGCUGACCGGCAGUCGGGUCAGCCACAUGUUCGCCCACCGUGGGGACGUCACCUCCCUCACCUGCACCACCUCCUGUGUCAUCAGCAGCGGCCUGGACGACCUCAUCUGCAUCUGGGACCGCAGCACAGGCAUCAAGCUCUACUCCAUCCAGCAGGACCUGGGCUGUGGGGCCAGCCUGGGGGUCAUCUCAGACAACCUCCUGGUGACCGGGGGCCAGGGCUGUGUCUCCUUCUGGGACCUCAACUAUGGGGACCUGCUGCAGACCGUCUACCUGGGGAAGCACAGCGAGGCCCAGCCCGCCCGGCAGGUCCUGGUGCUGGAGAACGCCGCCGUCGUCUGCAACUUCGGCAGCGAGCUCAGCCUGGUGUACGUGCCCUCGGUGCUGGAGAAGCUGGACUGAGGGCGGGCGGGGGCUGAGGGCUCCGUGGAGCCAAGGCCCUGGACCAAGUCGGGGUGUAACGGAACAUUAAACUUUGUACAAAACCACACCCGCUGGGGCCUUGUGAGCAGU